AUGGUGUCUGUGUUUCAGGUGUCUGUGUUGAUGGUGUCUGUGUUGAUGGUGUGUGUGUUUCAGGUGUCUGUGUUGGUGUCUGUGUUGAUGGUGUGUGUGUUUCAGGUGUGUGUGUUGGUGUCUGUGUUGAUGGUGUCUGUGUUUCAGGUGUGUGUGUUUCAGGUGUCUGUGUUGAUGGUGUGUGUGUUUCAGGUGUCUGUGUUGAUGGUGUGUGUGUUUCAGGUGUCUGUGUUGAUGGUGUCUGUGUUUCAGGUGUCUGUGUUGAUGGUGUCUGUGUUUCAGGUGUCUGUGUUGAUGGUGUCUGUGUUUCAGGUGUCUGUGUUUCAGGUGUCUGUGUUGAUGGUGUCUGUGUUUCAGGUGUCUGUGUUGAUGGUGUCUGUGUUUCAGGUGUCUGUGUUGAUGGUGUCUGUGUUUCAGGUGUCUGUGUUGAUGGUGUCUGUGUUGAUGGUGUCUGUGUUUCAGGUGUCUGUGUUGAUGGUGUCUGUGUUUCAGGUGUCUGUGUUGAUGGUGUGUGUGUUUCAGGUGUCUGUGUUUCAGGUGUCUGUGUUGAUGGUGUCUGUGUUUCAGGUGUCUGUGUUUCAGGUGUCUGUGUUGAUGGUGUCUGUGUUUCAGGUGUCUGUGUUUCAGGUGUCUGUGUUGAUGGUGUCUGUGUUGAUGGUGUCUGUGUUGAUGGUGUCUGUGUUUCAGGUGUCAGAAGCUCUCCAGAGUCACUGUCGCAGAAGGAACCUCUGA